AUUCUGAGCCAUGUCACCCAGAGUUUCCAACCAUUGGUUACGAUGGUCACGCUGACCCCAACAAAGUAGUUUGCAUCUACCAACAUGGCUAAGACUAGGAGUCGUGGUAAUCGGUGUUCGGGCAUACGAAACACGUGGCCCAACCAUCUCAGUCGAUGAAGAUUCACAACCUCAUCAACUGAUUUGCCAUCAUUCCCUAAUACCCUGCGUCUAACCUCACUAUGUUUACAGCUUAAUUAACGAGUGUAAGACAGUCGACGAAGGCAACCAAUCCAUUCAUCUUCAAAUCUUAACUAACAAAACCUUGAUAUUGAGCAACUCAAAGUUGUUACUCACCUUAUUAUACCAUAUUUUGCCCCAGAAUAUGGCGAAUAUAUUGGUUAUUAGCACAUCACUCCACUAUUACUUUUGGUAAGGACUACUUGUAGAUUGCAAAUAUCCCGUCGUUGAUGACUUGUUUAGAAUGACUAGCCCGUAUAUGAAUCAAUGUCAAAGGUUUUCCUAAAUCCUCAAAUGUUAUUUGUUGGUUCUUAAAUCCAUUUUUUACAUAAAUGUCUUUCGAUUCGCGUUAGUUUGUUCGUCUACUUUUGGAACUAUUAAGCGAUGGUCUCUUGUUUUCCACUGAACGUUUUCGUCUAUAUAAAAGAUCUGCUUUUCUUAGUCUUUAAAUUUAGGUUUUCUAAGCGGUACCCCAACGCUUUUUAUCGAGGUUUCUUUCUACUGCACGGGUUGCUGAUCCUAUGCCCAACCCUCCUUUGCCUGGGCUUAAAUCUGUCAUUAACCCCAGGUCUACAGGCGGAAAAAGACAAUUUGAACCAUUUAAACUCUGCUAUGGGAGUUGGAGGGUUUCCACUAAGAAAAAUUACACCUCAUGGUAAAAGCCGAAAUUCUCCGGAAGUCACGAAGCUUAUGUCCCUUCUGACAACCAGAGCAACAUUUAAUGUAGGUACUUGGAAUGUCCGGGCAUCGUGGGAGAUCGGGCGGACUAUUCGAAUAGCUACGGAGACGAGGAGAUACAAAUUGACGAUGCUCGGAUUAAAUAAAAUCCAUUAGACCCAAGCUGGACAGAAAAGCAUAGAUUCAGGAAAUGCUGUUGUACGCUGGUCAUGAAGAAGAAAAUGCUUCUCACACGAGCAGUUGUGCUGAUUCUGUCGAAAGAAGCACAAACACUUAUAGGUUGGGAAUCUCAUGAGUCCAGGGUAAUCGAAAUAUCAUCAAAACAAAGGGGAUCACAGUGGAUGUUACCCAGUUCUAUGCACCUAACUGAUGUGUGGUAGUGAAAGUAUGGGUAGGGUUAGUCGUUGAACAUGGACAAACAACCACAGCCCACGGUCUACUAAAUAUGUGAUUUUCCUUUUAUCAUGGAUUUCCACUCGAGAAUCACCGUGUGAUCGCUUGUCAUUGUAUUGAAUAAGGUAUUCUCUAGUUUUAAUCUGGUUCUCUAUUUUGAGUCGCGAAUCCUGAUUUUGGUAUAACGUGAUUAUUAACGUAUUAUUGUAAUAUACGUAUGGGAGGAAAAAAUAUUGUAAACCAUCCGUUAUACCACUAACAAUGAUAGCAAGGAAGACGAUAAAAGCCAGUUUUAUGAGAGGCUGCAGUCGGUCGUACAGAAGUACCCAGGAAAGGAUCUGACCGUCCUGAUGGGAGAUCUAACCUUCAUAGCCGGAAUAGAUAAUAUCAAGUAUGAAGAUGUCACGGGACGACAUGGACUGGAAGGAAGGGACGAGAAUGGCGAGAGAUUUGCAAAUCUAUGUGCUUUCAAAAAAAUUUUUAUGGGUAGCACUAUAUUUCCCCACGAACGCAUACACAAAGCUAUAUGGGUCUCACUGUAAUACACUACGGAGAACCGGAUAGAUCAUAUUUGUAUCACUUAAAAAUCCAGAAGGUCAAUGGAAGACGUGAGAACCAAGAGAGGAGAGGACAUAGCUUUAGAUCACCACCUGGUUGUGGCCAAGGUGAAAUUGAAACACUGGACAAUCAGAGAAACACCAUUAAAAAGGUUUAAUACGGCUUUCUUUCGAGAUAUUAACAGACAAAGAAUUCAAGAUAGCUCUCAACAACAUGUUACCAGCCUUACAUGAACUCAAAAAUGAAACUAUUAUGGCUAAAAAGUAUUCUUUUCGUAGACGUAAUGUCAGUUCGUGAAUAAAACACUAAACGUAGAUUUAUUCCCUUACUCCUAACUUUCACAUUUAUUCGUUUCGAACCCAACAACCGUUUGGCAUUCUACUUGUAGAAUCGUUCGAGGCCGUACAUAUGCUUUCGUCCCACCGUAUGCGUUAUGUUUCUGAUCUCGGUCUUGCUGUUUGAGACGUGGCCAUGUGCUCUGUGACGUUGAAGCUCCAUUCUACCAUUUACAAUUUCAUCGCUAGUUUAUUUUCCCUUUUGUGGUUCAGUUAUGAUUUUAUUUGGAGUCUCUCGUACUACUUUGUUCUUAUGGUAUUUUAAACUUUAUGUUCUACUGGGUUAUCGAUUUGAUUGUUAUCAUAGUUUAGUUUUGCUAAACUUAACCAUUGUUAAAUAAAGUAACAUUUAGUACACUUUUAAUACUGUUCCCUCAAUGUGUUGUGAGCAGCGCAAAUUUAGGUCUGUGCUCACUUGUUACGCAUGCUUAGCCAUUACAUACCUCAGUGUACUGGCGACGCCGAAUUAUAUUAGAAGACUGUUAUAGAUUGCCAAACCGAAGUGUCACUAGUCUGUCUUAUCAUUGACUAUUUUUUGAGCUAUGUGAUAAGGUGCAUAUAUAUAUAUAUCAUAUACUCUAGUAUUAUAUUUCGUUUUAUAUUAGUCUUUUCGAUUCCUUACUCUUCUAAUUUGGUUUGACUACUCGAACCUAGUCACACUUUUUGAAUGACUGCUCAAGUACUCGAUUGAUAAACUUGUAUAAUAUAUUUUUCUUUUGAGAUCACACGUUAAACUUAUUACAGGUCUAAACUAAAAAUAAAUAUUUUUUCACUCCGUUCACUACAGUAGCAAGUCAAUUAGCGUAUGAUGCUACUUCCAAAUGUAUCGCGAGAUUUGCAGAUAGCAAUUUUCAAAGCUUACCCUAAAAAUAUAAAAUCUCGUAAUGAUUGGUUUAGUUUUCUCAAUCAUAUGGAAAGAAAAGUUAGAUCAUUGGAUCGAGAGUCAACAGCGACUAACAUACUUUUAAAUUUAUACAAAAGUGCUGUAGAUUCAUUAGAGGUGGAUUGGUCAGAUGAGAUUUAUCUUACAAUUUUUAUCAGAACAGCAGUUUUAGCAUCAUAUGAGAAUUCGGACUGCGGUCCUGCAUUUCUGAGCUUAUGUUCUAUAAAUGGACGUCGAAAUCCACAGUUGAUUGCGGCCGUAGCUUAUUAUUAUUCUAAACAAGGAGAUAAAAGUAGAGCUAAAAGUCUUUUAAACUCUACAAAAAAGUGUGUAGACAUAUGUGGGGUGGAAUUGUUGUGUAGAGCCGAAAGUAUGCUAGAUACAGACGAUGAUUUCAAAUCGUUAUUAGGACCAUUUUAUUACAAACCAGACUUUUAUUUCCAAGAUAUAAAUUGUUCUCAGGCAAGUUCAAGUGAAAUUUCUUCAGUUCUGGAUUCUACUUGUCCAAAUGAUCACACAGAAGAACGUUCUCAGUCUGUGAUAGACAUCAAUUUUGAACCAGAUGGAAAUUCACCAAACUAUCCUAGUAAUUGCAAUGCAGUUGAAUCAAUACAAAUAAUUCGUCCAUCCAGGGAUUCAUAUAAUUUUUCCCGGUCCCUCAAAUUACCAGGGCUUCCAGAAGAAUUGUCAGUUACUUCAGUCACAAGUAAUCCACAUAUGGAAUCAUUACAACAGCCUGAACUAUCCACCAUCGUUGGUUCGAUCAAAUUGAAUGGAAGUUGCGAAAAGGUAUUUCCGUUUAAUUCGGAUAAGAAAUUGAUUUCUGUCGGUGUGCAAACUGAGCUGGUCAAUGAAAGUGAACAAUUUAUUAUUGUUAAUGGUAAAAAGUAUCAAGUAAUUAAUGAAUUGGGACGGGGAGGUUCAUCAGUGGUGUAUUGGGCUAUGGACUCCGAUUUAAAUCCAUGGGCGGUGAAAAAAGUUGAUUUGAAAAAUCUUACACAAGAAACAGUUACGUCGUAUAUAAAUGAGAUUGAGAUGCUUAAAAGUUUGAUAAAUUCCGACAGAAUUAUCCGACUAUAUGAUUAUCACUGUACAUCAGAAAAUCUCAUACUUGUUAUGGAGAAAGGAGAUUGCGAUUUGAAAAGUGUAAUUCUUAGCUUUUGGUCUGGUGGUGCAAAAAAAUCGCCUCGUUCACCAUCAGGUAUGCUUUCAUCUGGGAUUGUAUUCUACUGGGAUCAAAUGUUGCGGUGUGUGAAAGCACUUCAUGAUCGUCGUAUUGUUCACUUAGAUUUAAAACCACAAAAUUUUGUUCUAGUCUAUGGACAGUUGAAGCUUAUUGAUCUAGGGAUUAGUCGUCUGUUACCAGAUGAUUCAACAACUGUAAACCAUUGGCUAAAGUUGGGAACAUUGUCUUUCAUGAGUCCAGAACAGUUGGAAGAAGCUGCUGCUAUUCCCUCAUCCUCAUCUAGCCUAAAUCAGUCGUUUUUCUUGGGUCCUGAAGUUGACCAAGAAAAUCGUUUUAAGGUUGGUCGUAAAUCGGAUAUUUGGUCAUUAGGUGUAAUCCUUUAUAUGAUGGUCUACGGUCAGUUACCUUUUAAUCAAGAUAAACUUCACUCUCGUCUAUCAGCCAUUAUAAGUCCCAGUGUAAAAAUAUCUUUGCCAGCUAUCAAGAAUAAAUCUAUUUAUAAGGCAUUAGAACGGAGUUUAGUUCGAAAUCAUUUAGAAAGAGCAUCUGUUGAUGAAUUACUGAGUUAUGAAUAUGUGUCUAGUACAUCAGCUGCUGACUUAUGAUGUCUAAAAAACAGUCCGUUAUUCUGCAAUACCGGGACAUAUUUUUUUGUAUAUAUAUGUACAUAUUUCUUACUUGUAUUAUUUUUUUACAUUUAUAGUUUUGCAACCUAUUUAUAUCAUUUAGUAAUUUAUUUUCCCUUCCUUUGUUCAUUCUUUUUGUUUGUCACAAUUACUUCCCUGUGUUUACAUUGUUGUUUAUUUUCUCCAUCCAGUUAUUUAUUUCAGAGAAUCUGAAGACUCAAUCACAAUCAAUAUAUUGUAGUGUAUAAGUUUAUAGUAAUACUUAUCAUCAUACGAUUGAUUGAAUAUUUAUAUCAUGAAUUGUUUUCUUUUUUAUGACGAAUAAUAAAUUAUGUUUCACAAACA